AUGGCCCGGAGGACAGAGCCUCCCGCCGAAGAGGAGAAGGCGGACCCCGGGCGUAAGUCGCAGGGCCCGGAUUUCAAGAUUCCAGAGUCCCGAUGGCCGCCCAAGGACCCCGUCGGAGACCAGAGGCGACCAGAGGCACCAAGGCCGGCUCCCGCCCCUGAGCCGAGCGUGCCCGCGCUUGAGCCGAGCGCGCCGCCAGAACUGGAGCCGCAGGCGCUGCCCUGCCUUGAGCCAAGGGCAGUGGCCACGCCCGAGCAGCCGGCGCCGGCCGAGCCCGCCCCGAGCUCACCGAGGGCAGAGCAGGCGGCCGCGGUGGAAGUGGUCGCAGCAAGGGUGGCCACGCCGGCGUGGCGGUCAUCGGGGACCCCGAGCGCCUCUGCAAAGAGGGCUCACAGGGGACCUAGCGCCAGACCGUCGUACUUGGAACCCCUCCCGAACGUACUUGGAAGCGCCUGGGAGGUGAUCGAGCGGCUGGAGGCGGUCGUGGCGGCGAAGCGAGCAGAGCUCGGAAGGGACCGUGCCGCCCUCAUCGAACAAAGGGGGCAUUAG